AGGCUGCUGAAAAUAUGACUCUAGGUGGACCUCCUAAUUUAGUUGGAACACCCCCAGCUCCUCCCCACACAGGUUAUCAAUCAUCUCUUAUGAAUGUUGUAUCCAGUCUAAGCGGAGAUGGUCGAGAUUUCGCUCGCAGUUUAGGCAUGGUAAAUCACGUUCACAAUGCUGCAACAAGGUCACUUAGUAUGAAUGAUUAUCCAAUUCCUGGGUCUGCUUGUCAAGAAGAUCGUUCUAACGAUUCUCAAUGUUUAGGCCCAAAUACUGAUAAUUUGAGUUCAAAUUUUAUGGGUCCAUCAUCAUCAGUUUCCUCAUCUACAACACAAAAAGCUCCUAGUAUUGCUGGUGCUGGACCAUCAAUCAACUCUCCUGGUACAUUGUCAUCAGUUGAAGAAAAUUGUAUUAGUGAAGAUGACAAUAUGGAUCUAGAUAUGUUAAGUGAUGUACUAAUUGAUGGGAAUGAAAUGACUUCAGUAGCUUAUCAAGAACCGGAAUAUUGGUGUUCAUUAUAUUAUUAUGAAAUGAAUACACGUGUCGGCGAUACAUUUCAUUGUUCUAGUCCAUGUUUAACAGUUGAUGGUUUCACCGAUCCGAAUAGACAUAAUCGAUUUUGUUUAGGUCUAUUAUCCAAUGUGAAUAGAGGACAUCAAAUUGAGUUGACAAGAAGACAUAUUGGUAAGUUG